AUGCCUAACAAUAUAGUUUCUGAUAGAAAUAAGGUGUUUACUAGCAUGUUUUGGAAAGGAUUAUUCAAGUUGUUGGGAACUGAACUCAAAUUAUCUACAUCUUACCAUCCUCAAACAGAUGGACAAUCAGAGGUGUACAAUACUAGCCACCAUACUUCUAUCCAAACUACACCUUAUGAAGUGGCGUAUGGCCAACCAGUUCCAACACUUAUGCCAUAUCUACUUGAUGACUCUAAGGUAGGUGCUAUUGAUCGAAGUUUACAAGCUAGGGAAACAACUAUCCAACUUCUGAAGUUUCCUUUCAACAGGGCGCGGAAUAGGAUGAAACAACAAGCAGAGAAGCACAAGCAGUUAUCAAUGGUCAAUAGGCCAUGUUUGAAGCUGGCAGCCAGGUUUUUUGGUCUUUACAAGGUGUUGGACAAGGUUGGUUUUAUGGCUUACAGGUUAAAGUUGCCAGAGAGAGCUAAAGUCCAUCUAUUGUUCCAUGUAUCGCUGCCGAAGAAGAAUGUGGGUAACGAGCCUGCAAAAUUCGAUUUUCUUCCAUUGGACAGAGAUGGGACAAUAGCUAAGGAACCUAUCCAGAUAUUAGACAGAAGAAUGAAUAAGAAAAGGGGUAAGCUCGAGGUACCGGUUUAG